UGGAGGUUUACCAUCGGGGAGAGUGGGGGACAGUGUGUGAUGAUGGCUGGGACCUGAAGGAUGCUGUGGUGGUGUGCAGACAGCUGGGCUGUGGAGAUGCUGCAGAUGCACUAGGAGACGCUCCCUUUGGACCAGGGUCUGGGAGAAUAUGGAUGGCUUAUGUGUCCUGCAGUGGAUCAGAAUCCUCACUGAAGCAGUGUGGGUCACAAGGAUGGGGUGAACAUUCCUGUAAUCAUGGAGAGGAUGCUGAAGUGAUCUGCUCAGAGGUCAGGCUGGUGGGUGGGACUGACCUGUGCUCUGGGAGAGUAGAGGUGCAUCAUGGGAGCUCCUGGGGCACGGUGUGUGAUGCUGACUUUGACCAGCGGGACGCAGAGGUUGUGUGCAGGGAGCUGGACUGUGGGGCUCCUAAAGAGCUGCGCGGGGCAGCUGCAUUUGGCCAGGGCGAGGGCCAGGUGUGGGCAGAGGAGAUUCAGUGCAGAGGCAACGAAUCUCAGAUUAACUUCUGCCCCACUGCACCCUCACAGAAUCAACCCUGCUCCCAUGGAAACGAUGUGGGCCUGGUGUGUUCUGACAGUAUAAGGCUGGUGAAUGGUAGCAGCCCCUGUGCUGGGAGAGUGGAGGUUUACCAUCGGGGAGAGUGGGGGACAGUGUGUGAUGAUGACUGGGACCUGAAGGAUGCUGUGGUGGUGUGCAGGCAGCUGGGCUGUGGAGAUGCUGUAGAUGCACUAGGAGACGCUCACUUUGGACCAGGGUCUGGGAGAAUAUGGAUGGCUUAUGUGUCCUGCAGUGGAUCAGAAUCCUCACUGAAGCAGUGUGAGUCACGAGGAUGGGGUAAACAUCACUGUAAUCAUGGAGAGGAUGCUGGAGUGAUCUGCUCAGAGGUCAGGCUGGUGGGCGGGACUGACCUGUGCUCUGGGAGAGUAGAGGUGCAUCAUGGGAGCUCCUGGGGCACGGUGUGUGAUGCUGACUUUGACCAGCGGGACGCAGAGGUUGUGUGCAGGGAGCUGGGCUGUGGGGCUCCUAAAGAGCUGCGUGGGGCAGCUGCAUUCGGCCAGGGCGAGGGCCAGGUGUGGGCAGAGGAGAUUCAGUGCAGAGGCAACGAAUCUCAGAUUAACUUCUGCCCCACUGCACCCUCACAGAAUCAACCCUGCUCCCAUGGAAACGAUGUGGACCUGGUGUGUUCUGUGCGACUGGUGCAAUGGUUUCAUUUCUGCAACAGCAAACCCUGGACAUCAUAACCAACCAGGAACCAGGGAAAAACUGUGUGGAGCUCUGCCCCAGUGAAAGCCAUGUGCCUCAACCCCCCUGCGUUU